AUGGGGAGGUCAAACAGGGCCCCACCGACCGGGAAGACCCCAGAGCCCAAAAAGGGACAGCUUACCUCGUCCCUCCGCCAGUUCCUGGUUACCCCCGCGGACCUCACGACCCAGCCGCAUUGUGCCGACAGCAUAAUGGCGUCGGAAGAUUCCGCGCCCUCAUCGCCGGCAUCUGAUCUGCAAACCGGAGGGUCGGAAAGACCCCCGUGGUUGGACCGCCUGAGGGCCCUGCCCACCAAGGGAGACCUCCAUUCGGCUACCUCAGAACUGGGAGCCACAAUAAGGCAGGACAUCCAGGCACUGAGGGCUGACCUGCAGGGCCUGACAGACCGGAUGAGCCACGUGGAGGCAGCCUGUGACACUCUGAGAGAGGCUCAGAAUACACUAGCUGAGGCUGCAGAAACCUCCUAA